CAACAUGUCGGACCGCGGCUCUUUCGAUACCAAUGCGAUCACUCUGACCAGAUUUCUGUUAGAGGAGGGAAGAAAAGUGAAAGCCACAGGGGAACUGACGACCCUCCUGAACGCCAUGUGUACGGCUGUUAAAGCAAUCUCGAGUGCAGUGAGGAAAGCAGGCAUCGCUCACAUGUAUGGCAUUGCUGGCACUACAAAUGUGACAGGGGACCAGGUGAAGAAGCUGGAUAUCCUUUCCAAUGACCUUGUCAUUAAUAUGAUCAAAUCCUCCUUCACUUCCUGUGUGUUGGUCAGUGAGGAGAACGACAACGCCAUUAUAUUGGAGCAGGAGAGCAGGGGUAAAUAUGUGGUCUGCUUCGAUCCUCUGGAUGGAUCCUCCAACAUUGACUGCCUGGUUUCCGUCGGGACCAUCUUCUCUGUGUAUAGAAAGUGCUCAGAUGACGAGCCAAGUGAGAAGGAUGCCCUGCAGCCUGGCAGAAACAUAGUGGCUGCUGGGUAUGCGCUGUACGGCAGUGCCACCAUGAUAGUGCUCUCAACCGGCCAAGGUGUCAAUUGCUUCAUGCUGGAUCCCGCAAUUGGGGAGUUCAUUCUAGUAGAGCAGGAUGUGAAAAUCAAUAAAAAGGGGAAUAUUUACAGUCUCAACGAGGGCUAUGCGAAGUAUUUUGACCCUGCUGUCACUGAGUUCCUGCAGAAGAAGAAAUUCCCAGAGGAUGGCAGUGCACCCUAUGGUGCCCGCUACGUGGGCUCCAUGGUAGCAGAUGUUCAUCGGACCAUUGUUUAUGGAGGCGUUUUCCUCUACCCUGCCAAUGUGAAGAGUCCCAAAGGAAAGCUCCGACUCUUGUAUGAGUGCAACCCCAUGGCCUUCAUCACUGAGCAGGCUGGAGGAAUGGCCACCACAGGAAGCAUGAAUGUGCUGGACAUCCAGCCCGAGAGCAUCCAUCAGAGGGUCCCGGUGGUCCUGGGAUCCCCAGAUGAUGUUCAAGAGUACAUCUCCAUCUACCAAAAACAUCACAAGUGACCAAAUCCUAAAACUAAAAGCCUUCUAAGAGACCAAACAUCAAAUUCCAAACAUCAAAAAA